AGCCUCGGCUUUUGACGCGCUGAGGAUGUGGGCAGGAAACGCCAUGCAAGAGGAGAGGAGCGAUCACGCUUCCCAGCAGCGUUGCACAAUACAGCGCCAUCAAAAUGUGCUUUAAUUUUCCACGCUAAUGUCCAGGAGCGGUCAUUCUCCUCGGAUCUGCGCUCCACAGCAGGUUAGGAGGAUUUGCCGGCGUGGGAUUUGACUCCUAUCCGAGCGAGAGCGCAGCCUUCCCAGCCUGCUGGGUUUGAAAACAUCGGGGCUGGUCAGCGGGUGGGAGCAGAGCAGGCUUCGUCGCUGGAAAAAAAAAGGAGGUGUCUGCCUAUUUUUUUUUUACCCCUUAGUCAUGAGGGAGUACAAAGUGGUUGUUUUGGGGUCGGGUGGAGUCGGGAAAUCCGCGCUGACGGUCCAGUUCGUGACGGGCUCCUUCAUCGAGAAGUACGACCCCACGAUAGAGGAUUUCUACAGGAAGGAGAUCGAGGUGGACUCCUCUCCGUCCGUGCUGGAGAUCCUGGACACGGCGGGGACCGAGCAGUUCGCCUCCAUGCGAGACCUGUACAUCAAGAACGGCCAGGGCUUUAUUUUGGUUUACAGCCUGGUGAACCAGCAGAGCUUCCAGGACAUCAAGCCCAUGAGAGACCAGAUCAUCCGGGUGAAGAGAUACGAGAGGGUGCCCAUGAUCCUGGUGGGAAACAAGGUGGACCUGGAGGGGGAGAGAGAGGUGUCUUCCGGGGAAGGCAAGGCGCUGGCCCAGGACUGGAACUGCCCGUUUAUGGAAACCUCAGCCAAAAAUAAAGGAUCAGUGGAUGAGCUGUUUGCAGAGAUAGUCAGACAGAUGAACUAUUCCACUGUUCCCAGUGGUGGCGACCAGUGCUGCUCAUGUGUCCUGCUCUAAAACACACAUAGUCAAACAGUGCAUCCGGGCUGAAUUUGAGCUUCUAACUUGUCCUGCAGGCUUUUUGCAAAACUAUUCUCUCUCCUCACACUGUUGUCUUAUUGUUGCACACAAACACAAAUCGACGACGACAACAAUCGAUUAUGUAUUAUAGUCUGGAAAAGUGUUUACAUGACAAAGUACUUGAAUGUUUUGGGAUUUUUUUAUAGCUUUGUAUAUGACACUUCUCUGGAAAUGUGCCUCAAUGGGAAUGUCUUAUUGUGAAACCUAAGAGACACCUCUUCUCUGGUUGUUGUUUUUUUUUUUUUGCGGUUUAAUUUGUUGUACUGUUUAUCUUCUGGGCUGGGUCCAUCUGUGUUGGGGAGGUGGCGGUGCUUCUAGGGCACCUCUAGGGUCUUUUUGUGCUGAAAUGAAAGGGCAGGAGGCGCUUAAAUAUCGCUCAUAAACGUAUCAAUCACCGCUCAAGCCUUGCACAGGUUACUCAAAUCAGAUCCCCAUGAUUUAUUUCCCCAAAAGCUCAAGUGUGACCCCAGAGGCGCAGAGAUACUGUAUUUGUGGACUGUGUUGGAGUUGUGUUACGACUUUAUAUUUCUGUUCUUUUCCCCUCUCCGGGCUGGUGAAAGUGGAUUUAUCAUGGAACUUGCACUUAGCUGACGAUGUCCCUCCUCAGUGUGCACAAAACGAGGACCUUAGUGCAUUUCUGUCGCUGCAUGGGGAACCCCCACGACCCCCAUGUCAAGUGCCUUCCCUAAGAAAACUCCUGUGACUGUGCCAACUGAUGAGCCCUACUUCCUCUGCAGUGCGUCUUGAUGGCAAUCAGAACUUUUUAGCAGUUUUCAGUGAACAUUCUAGUUUCGUUUGGUGUCAGAGUGGGAAGAGCCUCUUCCUAUUUUACUGUCAGGAAGCCGAGCUUGUAUCAAACCUGCUGUUUCAGGGUCAGAUUCAGGCCGUUUCUCGAGGUACUAGUCCGACGUGAACAACAGAGUAACUUUAACCUACUAGGAUUUUGGUUCAGUGAAUGGCAAGCCAUGUUUGUCUGUAUUAUCUAGAGGUUUUUCUUUUGUAAAAAAAAAAAAAAAAACAAGUGACAUUUUUGACUUGACGUAAUUGUAAUUCUCCCUUUGGACGAAAUCUGCUGCCAUCCACCUGUCAGUUUGAAAGACUUGUAAUACAAAAUGCAUUUUACGUAACGCUGUGUGCUGUGCUUGUCUCUGCUGGUAACAUAAAGUGUCUACAUUUUGGGGUACUUUGAAUGUGAUUGUCCCUUUAAACAAUUUGAAAUGUUCAAACAAGUAGUCCAUUAACUGAUCCACUAACUUAGCUGUCAGUGUGUUAGUUUAAAGGAAAACUUCGUCCACAAAAUGACCAUUUGUAAAUCAGUUAGUCACAAUGUGUUACUUUGAGUUUGUGGAGAGAACUUUGUUUAUCUCUCAUGCCUCCACGGAAAAGGGCGAGCAUUUUUAUUUAAUGAUUGAUCGGGGACCAGCGAAACUAUAUCAAAGCGUCCGUUUACAAAUUCUCACACAAUUAGUGCAGUUUAAUCCAAGUCUCAUGUGUCCUAUCGUACUUCCCAAAACAACACUAUUUAAAACGUUUCUAUGCUCUCUUUAAACCCAGACUCCAGUACUGUGUUUUUUUAGGGAUGUUUUCAUAUAGUUGCAAGAAAAACAAAGCUAUUUCACAAAUGAAAGGUAGAACAUUAUGACUAACUGAUAUACAAAUGGUCGUUUUGAGGGUGAAGUAUUCCUUUAAAUAAUAUUUGAAGGAAAAACUUCAACAUUUUUUGCAGUUGCAGGUUCACCAAUGUGAGAAUUUACUGCUUUUCUCUGUUUAACAUCUUUGGGUUUCACACAAAACAAGUUUAAAGACGUCACCUUGACACUUGUGAUGCACAUUUUUGCAGUACUUUUUGGACUUCUUAUACACUUAUCAGUUAAUUUAAAAAAAAAAUAGAUUAGUUGACAGUUGAUUAGUCUUCUAUUGUGUCAGACACGCUGUGGCUUCUCCACCCCCCUCGCCAGAAUUACACGUUGGCAUUGUUCGUUUCUGCAACCACAAAUAUGUUUCAUUUGUGCAUUUCUUAUGUAUCAUAUCAGUUUCUAAAGAGACAUAGCUUAGAUUAAGUGACAGCAAGGCAAGACAGCUGCCAAACAGCAGACUGCUGUUCGAGACAACAAAUGUGGGUAUUUUUGAUGAGACGUCAGGACAUUUCCAGCCGUGUUUGUGCCGAUAAAACGAGGUGUUUUUUAACAGGACGUCGAGACAUUUCCAGUCAUGUUUGUGGCAUUAAAACUGGCUAUGUUUUAAGAGAUGUCAGGACAUUUCCGGAUGUGUUUGUGCCAAUAAAAGUAGGGAUUUUUUUAAUCAGACAAAAGGACAUAUCCAGACGUGUUUGUGGUGAUAAAACAGGGUAUUUUUUAACGGGACAUCGGGACAUUUCCAGUCAUGUUCGUGAUGAGAAAAUCGGGCAUUUUUUAUCAGGACAGUUCCAAUCAUGUUUGUGGCAUUAAAUCCUGGCAUCUCGUAAGAAAUGUCAGGACAUUGCCAGACGUGUUUGUGGUGAUAAAACCAGCUAUUUUUUAACAAAACGUUGGGACCUUUCCAGCUGUAUUUGUGACACUAAACCAGUUUUUUAACAAGACAGCUGCACCUCUCCAGCUGUGUUUGUGGGGAUAAAACAGGGUAUUUUUUUAAUGAGACAUCAGGACAUUUCAAAUCAUGUUUGUGGCAUUAAAACCGGGUAUCCUGUAUGAGAUGUCAGGACGUUUCCAGACGCAUUUGUGGCGAUAAAAGUAGAUAUUUUUUAACAAGAUGUUGGGACAUUUCCAAUCAUGUCUGUGGCCUCAAACCAGGUACCUUGUGAGAGAAGUCAGGACAUCUCCAGUUGUGAAAUUUGAACUUUUCUUAACCCUCAACAGUUGGGUGUUGUGUAUAAAACUAACCAAAUGUCAACCACAGCAUUGUCACAACAUAAAAUUGAAAACUGAAAUGUAAAGAAACAUAAAGUUUCAACAUAUCCACAACAUAUGAAAUGUCCAAAUGUAUGAUAGUCUGGUGAUU